AGUCACACUGGGACACGACCACAGACUGUAUAGAUGUGACUGAAGUCUGCUUCAGAUCUGAUUCACAUUAAUAAAGAAAAACAAAUCUGUGUUACUUCAUCCUGAUGCUGUGUCUCCAGUCUGUGGAGAGGAAACACUGUGACAUGGUGAAGGGCGUGGAUGAAGAAACACUGGGAAACAUCUGGAGGGGCAGUUAGGGUUAAAACCACAUGUAGUGGGGUAAAUUCAGUAAAUCUGCCCACACUGACACACCAUGACCAACUUUUCUUACAUCUGUAUUGUGUUGAUUAGCAUCUGUAUGGACCUCCUCUCUGCAGGACCUGAGAUCAGUGUAUCUGGCCCAGUGGGUUCUACAGCUGUCCUGCCGUGUGACCUGACGAGUGGAGACACUGACAUACUGUAUAUUAGAUGGAACACUGAAUCUGAGAUUGUGUUUGAGAGACUGGGUGAGAAGACCUUUCAAGGUGAGGGAUAUGAAGAUCGUGUGGACGUUCCUAUGGAGAACCUGCAUAAGAGGGACUGUUCCUUAUUUUUGCACGAUCUAAGACUGACUGAUGCAGGAGUCUACACCAGCUAUGAGACAACUAAAUUCACCCGGCUAUCUCUUCAGAAUCAGGUUAAACUUUCAGUCCAAGGUGAAGUUUCCGCUCUUAUAGAAACAAACAGCAGUAUUUCAUCAGCUUCCACUGUAAUGAAGAGUCCUCACCCACUGGUCCUGUCCCUCGUCUCAUGUUUACUCGUCCAGCUCUUCUGUGGAGAAACAUGAGUGUGACAAUAACAUACAAGGCCACGCCCCCCCGGCCCCACCGUCAUAAACACACACACACACACACACACACACACACACACACACACACACACACACAAACAGACCAGGGGGGUAUUCCAGAAAGCAAGUUAUGUGACAUACCCGGUUAAGUUUGAGGGUAAGUUAGUGGAUAACCUUAACUUUCGGUUCCAAAAACGGAGGUAACUUUCUGGGUAUGUAUGUAACCAUAGCAACUUACUCUCUGAAGAUGAGCUGCUCGGUAGCAGGUUAUGUUUCAGAAGGUUAUUGAGCAUGGCGCGUCCUUUUAAUGAUGAUCCUGUGGACAUGGAGGCACAAAUUAUACGAUUAUACAAGAGACAGUUAUAAGACCGCGUAUUGAUGUCUUUUCAUUUCCUAAUGAUUAUUUGAAAGAGCGUUAUUGGUUUUCAAGGGAAUCGUUAAUUAACAUCUCUUGAAACCACAUAUUGCAAACAACCUAAUUUUGUAUCCUUAAUUUUUUGCCUUGUCAAAAUCAAUAAACUCAUUACUUUUUUCCACUAACUAUAGGUAAUAUGUGAGGCAACUCGCAUCAUUACUAAACCAAAUCCAAAUCACUCCUUCAGCCACCGCCCGCAAUCUUGGGGUAACCGUGGACAAUUAUUUGUCAUUUUCCCCACACAUCGCCAACCUUACUCGCUUUUGUCGAUUUCUUCUUUACAAUAUCAGAAGAAUUCGCCCAUUUCUUUCUUCACAGGCUACUCAGGUGCUUGUUCAGUCCCUUGUUAUUUCAAGACUGGACUACUGCAACUCACUCCUGGCAGGCCUGCCUCUGUCCACGAUUCGUCCUCUGCAACUGAUCCAGAAUGCAGCAGCACGUCUCGUUUUUAACCUUCCCAAGUUCUCCCACACCACCCCACUCCUCCGCUCCCUGCACUGGCUUCCUGUAGCUGCCCGCAUCAAAUUUAAAACACUGAUGCUUGCCUACAAAGCUAAAAAUGGCCCAGCACCCACUUACCUCUCUGCGCUAAUUACACCACGCACUGCACCACGUUCCCUCCGAUCCUCCAGCACUGCUCGCCUCAUCCCACCAUCUCUCAGGGACCGAGGGCGGCAUUCAUCCAGGCUCUUUUCUGUUCUGGCACCUAGGGGGUGGAACGAACUUCCUCUAGAUGUCCGUACAGCAGAGACUUUGACUAUCUUUAAACGACAACUCAAGACUCAUCUGUUUCUCCAGUACUUGGACUAACCCCCCCCCCAAAAAAAAAACAAAAAAAACUCUUCCCAGUUGUGUUGGACUAAUGGCACUUAGUUAUUAACCUAGUUAACCCAGUGUAAGUAUGUAUCCAAUGACGUAAACAUUAAAGCACUUUUUGUACUGUAAGUCGCUCUGGAUAAGAGCGUCUGCCAAAUGCCUAAAUGUAAAUGUAAAUUACUAAUGUUGAGGCCAAAUGGCCAGGUUCUGUGCAUGGUGCCAGAAUUUUCCACGAGCCAUCAUUAUGCCAGGCAUUUUAGCAGGGUAUGUUUUGCUUUAUACAAUGUUUUUUUUUUUUUUUACAAGUGUGCAUUGUACACUUGAAUCAUUACAGGUCAGUACAAUGGUUACUUGCUGGGGGACAGAGGAUACCCUUGUCUGUCCUAUUUAAUGACACCCUACUCUGAACCUGACCCUGGACCACAGACACGCUUUAACCUGGCUCACAGCUGAACACGGGCCAAGGUGGAGAUGACCAUAGGGAUCCUCAAGUUUCAGUGUCUGCGUGGGCUCCGGGUCAGUCCAGAGAGGACAUGCGACAUCAUAGUGGCUUGUGUUGUGCUUCACAACAUUGCCACUAUAAGAGUAUAGAGCCACCCUCCUUAUAUUGAAGAAGAGGCCCAGAGGAACCUCUACAGAUUUUUGCACACAACAUGGAAGUGAUGGAA